GACCGCACUGCAGGAAUUGACGUAAAGGAGGGCAAAUAUGGGACUGCGCUGCAGGCAGCUGCUAUCACGGGAAGCACACUGAUCGUACGUAAGCUUAUUGCGAAAGGGGCCGAUGUCAAUACCAGCGGAUGUGGAUGGUUUGGCAACGCUUUCCAGGCAGCAGCAGCAACUGGCUCAACCGAAGUCGUGCGUCUGCUACUUGAGAAGAAAGCCAACCCGAAUGCCCUAGGCGGAUGGUACGGCAACGCCUUGCGAGCAGCAUCAACGAAAGGAUAUGUGGACAUUGUCCGGAUCCUCCUGGCAGCAGACUUUGAAAUAUACUUGCGGGGACUUUUCUAUGGGAAUGCGCUACAAGCAGCUGCAGCUGAGGGCCACACUCAAGUUGUUGAGAUGCUUAUAGCCCAAGGUGCA